GCUCAAUUGUUGAUCAGAUCACAUCUAAGGGAUUUAGGAGCACAGAAGAGCCGAGAUUUGAGGGGGAAAAAAGAGAGAGACACCCUAUCGAAUUCACACACCUCUCCCCUUCCUCCUCUCCGCACUCUCUCUGUAGAAUACAAUACUGCACAGAGAGGGAGGCAGUAAAGGUUGCUGCACACAGCGCUGCUUCACUUUUUGGGCCAAGUUUUGGUCUCUUUUAUUAUAAUUAUUAUUAUUAUCAUUAUUAUUAUUUUUCUUACUUGUUGUGGUGCCGGAGAGGCAGUGUUUCCCCUGCCGGAGAGAGACACUGAGGCAGAGACAUGUCCUUCCCGCAGCUGGGUUACCCCCAGUAUCUGAGCGCUGGCCAGGCGGCCGUCUAUGGAGGGGAUCGGCCGGGAGUUCUGGCCGCAGCGGCAGCUGCAGCGGCCGCAGCGGCGGCUGCCGGGUCUGGGAGGCCAGCUGGAGCAGAGCUGGGCAGCAGCUCCACCGCCGCUGUCACUUCUGUGCUGGGCAUGUAUGCCAGUCCCUACAGCACUCCCAACUACAGCGCCUUCCUGCCCUACACCACCGAUCUCACCCUCUUCUCCCAAAUGGGAUCGCAGUAUGAACUGAAGGAUAAUCCAGGUGUUCAUCCAGCCACGUUUGCUGCACAUACUGCCCCAGGCUAUUACCCGUAUGGACAGUUCCAGUAUGGCGAUCCAGGUCGACCCAAAAAUGCCACCAGGGAGAGCACUAGCACCUUAAAGGCAUGGCUAAAUGAGCACAGGAAGAACCCUUACCCCACCAAAGGGGAGAAGAUCAUGUUGGCCAUCAUCACCAAAAUGACCCUCACCCAGGUCUCCACAUGGUUUGCCAACGCAAGGAGGAGGCUCAAGAAGGAAAACAAGGUGACCUGGGGUGCCAGGAGCAAGGAAGAUGGCAAUCUCUUUGGGAGCGACAAUGAAGGAGACCACGAGAAAAAUGAAGACGAUGAGGAAAUCGAUCUCGAGAGCAUAGAUAUCGAUAAAAUUGACGAUAACGACGGCGAGCAGAGCAACGAGGAGGAGGAAGACAAGCCAGAGCAUUUGAGACAGAGCGAGAAAGAAAGUUUAAAAAAUGAGAACGAUCUGGUGUUGCCAGGCUCUGACGGACUUAAAUCAAAGGACUCUUUGUCACUGGUGAAAGAAAACUCUGAAAGUAGCAAUACCAGAAUCGUAAGCCCAGGAGGCCAGGGGAGUUUACAAGUACCAACCCAUAGCAAACCAAAAAUAUGGUCUUUGGCAGAAACAGCCACAAGCCCAGAUGGGGCCCUCAAGUCAUCUUCCCCUUCAUCCCAAGUUAAUCACACCUCUCCUCCGAUCCAGCACCCAGCAUUCAUACCCAGCCACGGACUAUACACAUGCCAGAUUGGUAAAUUCCACAACUGGACAAACGGAGCCUUCUUAACCCAAAGUUCCUUGAUAAAUAUGAGAUCUUUAUUAGGGGUCAACCACCACCACGCAGCUCAUCACAACCACCACCACCAUCUCCAGGCCCACCAACAAGCACACCUGUUAACAGCCAACCUGGGAGCCCUUAACGACAAAAACACAGAAGGGAGCAGUCCCAAGCACACAGAAAGAGAAAACGUCCAGAGGACCGAAUCUCCACCUCAGUUAAAGCCCCCCUUCCAGGCUGUUCGUGAAAACUCACUUUCACAACAAGAAGGGACACCACGCAUAUUAACAGCACUUCCCUCUGCCUGAUUAUUGAACCUUUAAAAAAGUCAAAAUAUGGACAAUAAUAGGGAAAUUCCUUAAAAUGACUUUGUUUGCAAUAAAGUGGGAUAAAUCCAGAUAAAAGGUUUUCGCAAAUCUGUAGAUGGAUCCUUUCUCCACUGUACCAUUUCAGCUCCUGUAAAUUCAGACCAUUAAUUGAUUAUUAUUAUUUUUUUUUUCGUUUUGGUAAAUGUUCUUAAGUAUAUGUGUUUUUUCUUCUGUAUAUAAAGUGAUCUAAAAUUGUAAAUAGCGCGUCAGCAGAAACUUGUCUAAAUCAUAUAUUUUUGUCAAAUAAACUAAAUGAAAUUAUGAAA